GUGUUUGGCUACAGCAUUUUUCAAUAAUUACGAUAUAGCUGACCAAAUAAAUUAAUUAUUUAUAAUAUUAUGUAUUUUAAUCAUACUUUGUGAGUGUAUUGUUCUAUAUAGUUCAUUUGUAAAUUUGCUCUUGUGAUACGUGUAUUAAAGAUAUACGAAAAAUAUUUUAUUAUAAUUAUUUAUCACAUUUUGGAAUCAUGACUUUAACUAUGACAAGAAAAGUUAGUGAAUGCCAAGCAGAAACCGUCCAAUUUAUGCCAAUAGAGAAAGUAGAAGAUGAUUGUAAACAAGAAAAGGAAUACUGCAGGGGGAACACAUUACUUAGGCGUGGUAAAAAAUUGGAGGAUAACAACAAUCUCACUGAUGCAGAUGUUGAGUAUAUCAAUUACAGAAAAUUGCUCAAGUAUGAGGAAGCACCUGAAUAUUUACAACAUAACCCGUUCAUCAAAGAUGGCUACAGGAAGCUGCUGCCAACCAGACUGUGCUGGGAAAGCAUAUUCUGGUGGACAAAUGAAACUAUGAAUAUAUGGACGCAUAUAUUUGGUUUCUUCUUACUUCUGUUCCUCACGAUAAACGAUCUCGUCAUUAUAAACAUCCACGCCACCAUGACCGACAAGACGGUAGCUGCUAUUCUUUUCUCUUGCUUUCUUAUAUGCAUGGCGCUUUCAGCGCUAUACCACACAUUCUCCUGUCGAUCCGAACAAGAUUACAACACAUUCCUCAUGUACGAUCUCUUCGGUAUAGCGCUCUCCUUGCUGGCGAUCUAUACGUCGGGCGUGUACUAUGCGUUUUGGUGUCAUCAUGAGCUGAAAACUUUCUACAUGCUAUCAGUGACGCUGAUAUUCGUGGUAGCAAUGGUGCUUCAGACGCCGAGGUUGCAGGUUCCAUACAUGGUGAAGAUGUGUGUCUUCAUAGGUUGGGCGGCGUACGGUGUGCUGCCAACGUUACACUGGACCUAUGUCAUGGGAGGUUUCGAUAACCCAAUGGUGCAGAUCUUCUUUCCAAGGGUGAUCGGGAUGUACGUGAUUAGCGGUACAGCGUUCGCUAUAUACGCCUUCAAGAUUCCAGAACGUUGGUUUCCAGGUAAGGUUGACUACAUAGGUCACUCCCAUCAGUGGUGGCACGUUUUAGUUCUAGGAGCUCUGUAUUACUGGCAUAACUCUGCUAUGAUAUAUGUCCAGUAUAGAAUGAACCACGGCUGUGCGAACACAAUGAGAAUAUUCUAGAAGAGCUUUAACUUUAAAUUCAGGGUAAUUAUUAUAAAAUAGUGUUAGAUGUAUGAAUGACCUUAUGAGUCUGAGCCUGCAUUCAGUCUAGCAUUAUAUUUGUGAUCAAAUGUCAAUUCAGAAAAAUAACGUGUGCAAAUGUUAUAAAUAAAAUUCUUACUCAAUGGUACUGAUUUUGUUGUACGAAAACCUUAAAUAAUUAGACAGAAUUAUCUCUUACAUUUGGAGAUAGCGUCUUGUCAAAUUAAUUUAUUUCGUGUACAACAAAUUUACCAAUAUUUAUUAUAAGUAGAAUCGCAUGUGUUCGAAAUUCGUCCAAUCUUGUUAUUUAAAUUUUUGACC